CCAACGGGUGCACUGCGUGCGAUGCCAGUAUCUGUGGCGGUCACUCGACGAGGCCUACUGCAGUAUUUGGGCGAGCUGGGAUGCCCCGAAAAGCCUCCGGUUACAUCGUGA